UCCUCCCGUCCCGGGGCUCCGUUAAUGUUUAAUCAGAUAGGAUCGUCCGAUGGGGCUCCGGUGGCGUGAUCUCCCGGCCCCCGGGCGUCGAGCGCCCACACCCUAGAAGGCUCGGCGGGCGUCGAGGCCCGGACUCUCCCGCCGGACAGAGGCCCAGCUUCCAGCCGGGCGCGCCUGGUCCUCCGCCCGGGCCGGUCCCGCGCCGCCGCCGUGAUGCGCACCCGCGGGCCCGCGCCGCCCUGGUGCUCGCUGCUGCUGCUCCUGCUGCUGCUCCUGCUGCUGGGCCCCGCGAGGGCCGGCGCCCCGGAGGACGAGGACGGCGACUACGCGGAGCUGGCGCUCGCCUUCCAGUCGGAGGAGGAUGGCCUGCCCGACGCGGCCCCGCACGUGCCCGGCGCCACCUUCCACCGCUGCGCCAAGGCCGCAUGGAGGCUGCCGGGCACCUACAUGGUGGUGCUGAAGGAGGGGACCCACCACGAGCAGACCAAGCACACGGCCCGCCGCCUGCAGGCCAGGGCUGCCCGCCGGGGCUAUCUCACCACAGUCCUGCACCUUUUCCACCACCUGAUCCCUGGCUUCCUGGUGAAGAUGAGCGCAGACCUGCUGGAGCUGGCCCUGCGGCUGCCACACGUCGAGUACAUCGAGGAAGACUCCUCCGUCUUCGCGCAGAAGGUCCCGUGGAACCUGGAGCGGAUCCUCCCUGUGCGGUACCAGGCGGAGGAGUACAGCGCCCCCAGUGGAGGCGGCCCGGUGGAGGUGUACCUCUUAGAUACCAGCGUCCAGAGCGGCCACCGGGAAAUCCAGGGCAGGAUCACAGUCACCGACUUUGAGAGUGUGCCUGAGGAGGACGGGACACGCUUCCACAGACAGGCAAGCAAGUGUGACAGUCACGGCACCCACCUGGCCGGCGUGGUCGGCGGUCGGGAUGCGGGUGUGGCCAAGGGCGCCAGCCUGCGCAGCCUGCGUGUGCUCAACUGCCAAGGGAAGGGCACAGUCAGCAGCACCCUCAUAGGCCUGGAGUUCAUUCAGAAAAGCCAGCUGGCCCAGCCCGUGGGGCCACUGGUGGUGCUGCUGCCCCUGGCCGGUGGGUACAGCCGCACCCUCAAUGCUGCCUGCCACCACCUGGUGAGGGUGGGGGUGGUGCUGGUUGCCGCAGCCGGCAACUUCCGGGACGACGCCUGCCUCUACUCGCCAGCCUCGGCUCCUGAGGUCAUCACAGUUGGGGCCACCAAUGCCCAGGACCAGCCCGUGACCCUAGGGACUUUGGGGACCAACUUUGGCCGCUGUGUGGACCUCUUUGCCCCGGGGGAGGAUAUUAUUGGUGCCUCCAGUGAUUGCAGCACCUGCUUUGUGUCACAGAGUGGGACGUCGCAGGCCGCUGCCCAUGUGGCAGGCAUUGUGGCCAUGAUGCUGACGGCCGAGCCGGACCUCACGCUGGCUGAGCUGCGGCAGAGACUGAUCCACUUCUCUGCCAAAGAUGUCAUCAAUGAGUCCUGGUUCCCUGAGGACCAGCGAGUGCUGACACCCAACCUGGUAGCCAGGCUGCCCCCCAGCACCCACGGAGCAGGGAGACGGCUGCUCUGCAGGACAGUGUGGUCAGCACAUUCGGGGCCCACACGCACGGCCACUGCCCUGGCCCACUGCGCCCCCGGUGAGGAGCUGCUGAGCUGCUCCAGUUUCUCCCGGAGCGGGAAGCGGCGGGGCGAACGCAUCGAGGCCCUCAGGGGCAGGCGAGUGUGCUUGGCCCACAACGCGUUUGGGGGUGAGGGCGUCUAUGCUGUCGCCAGGUGCUGCCUGCUGCCCCAGGCCAACUGCAGCAUUCAUACCGCUCCAGCCGGGGCUGGAAUGGAGCCCCGCGUUCACUGCCACCAGCAGGACGAGGUCCUCACAGGCUGCAGCACCCACUGGGAGGCUGAGGAUUUUGGCGCCCACAGGUGGCCUGUGCCAAGGCCAGGUGGGCCUGGCCAAUGUGUGGGCCACAAGGAGGCCAGCAUACAUGCGUCCUGCUGCCAGGCCCCGGGCCUGGAGUGCAGAGUCAGGGAGCACGGGGUCCCGUGGCCUGUGGAGCAGGUCACGGUGGCCUGUGAAGAUGGCUGGACCCUGACGGGCUGCAGCGCCCUCCCUGGGACCGCCUUGGUCCUUGGGGCCUACGCCGUGGACAACACGUGUGUGGUGAGGAGCCGUGACGUCAAGGUGGCAGGCAGGACCAGCGAGGAGGCCGUGGCAGCUGCUGCCAUCUGCUGCCGGAGCUGGGCCUCGGAGCAGGCCUUCUGGGAGCACCAGUGACAGCCCGGUUGGGAUGGGGGCCUGUGUAGGGCCAGGGUCUGGGCCUGCAGGGACAGACUCCUUGCCUGGGAGGACUUCGGUCUCACACCGUGACGGGCUGCAGCUUGGUGCUACCCUCACACCCCCACCUCCACCUCCACAGCACAGCAAGGAAGCUGGGCUCUGCCUGCCAGCAGCCGAGGUGCCGCCCACGGCAGAUGACGUGCCUGUGUCUGAGCUCUUGCCCUGUGCCAGGCACUGGGUCAGUCUCCCCAGAGGAGGGAGGAUGUGGGGUACGGAAGGAGCUGAGUGUCAGGCUGGGGAUGGGAGGGUGAGGGAGCUGGUGGCCUUCCACUGGCCUGCCCACUUUGGAGAAGCCCCUUUGGGAUCCUUGGUUAAUGGGGGAUCUGUUUUCCAUACCCCUGGGGUAAGGGCAGGGAUGAGAUCCUUGCCUGUUUCUCCCAGCUGCCCUCACUCUGCUCCCCGUCAGUAGCACUGGCACCCUGCUUUAUGGAGGAAGAUACAGGGGCUAGAGAGGGGCAGUGCCCCCCGCACAUGCCAUGGAAAGGGGGACAGGCUGGGACGAGACCCGGAGUGGCCUGGUGAGAAGCCAAGCCUCCACUGUGCCAGGCUGGGCACUGGCCCGCAGGUCGCAUGGGACCCAGCUUGCUCUUGAUGGCCCGGUGGGCCGCAGAAGGGGGUGACUGUCUCCCCAACACAAGUAUGUGUCUCCCCUAGGUCUCCUCUCUGCUGCCUUUUUAUACCAAGAAGCUUUUCCCAGACCUGUUUGGCUUUUGUAACUUGGUAUUUAUUCUGGGUUUUGUAGUGUUUUUAUGAUGUGACUUUUUAAAAUAAAAGUAACUUUGUCAUGAC